AUGUCGGAGAAUCCAGCGAAGCAGCUCCGCGUGCUGCUGCCGCAGGCAUUGUGGGCCGACGCGCCGCCUGAGCACGACAUCACCUGCGUCGCGUCGCUCGGCGCGGCACGCGGCGCGACCGGCGGCGGGGAUGGCGCCGCGAACGCCGGGCCCGCGAGUCGCGCGUCCGUGUGGACCGGCGCGCAGGACGGCGCGAUCGUAAGGUGGCUCCGCUUCCUCCUCUUCCCCCUCCCCCCCUACUCCCCUUUCUCCCCCUGCUCCCUCUCCCCGUUUCCUUCCGCCCCGGAACCCUCCCCUUCCACCUCUCUGCUGUCUUGGUUCCCCUGCCUCCAGCCCCCCAACCGCGCCCCCAUCCGGCCCGCGCAGUUCCUGUGCGGCCACAGCGCGCUAAUAGUUGCGCUCCUCCCCUGCUCCGCCUUCGCCUCCGCGCCCUCCGCCCCCCCCGCCAGCGCGCUCCCGCCCUCCGCCACCGUCCCUUCCGCCGUUGCCGCGGCCAGGCGCGAAAUGAUGCGCGCUGGGGGAGGUGCGGGCGCGGGGGGGAGAGAGAGCGGGGAGAGUGGGGGAGAGGACGGCAGGGAUGGUAGAGGUGAUAGGGGUCGGAGAGGUGAAAGGAAGAAUUCAAGCCGAGGUAGUCUGGCGAGUGUAGGUGAGGGGAGUGCUGGGGAUGAGGACGAGGAAGCGGAGGAGGAGGAGGAGAACGAGGAGGAAGAGGAGGAGGAGGAAGAGGAGGGGGAAAAGUCAGAAGGCGAGGAGAGAGCGGAAGGCGGGGCUGGGUUUGCCGAGAAGCGAGCAGAGGACGAGCUGUGGCCAGCUGAUGCGCUCGUGUCCCUCUGCUCCGCAUCCACUCUCUGUCUCUGGCAUGCCUCCUCCGGCCGCUGCUGCCGCCGCCGCCGCCUCCCCCCCUGGGUGGGCACCCCUGCUGCUGCUUGCCUUGUCCCUGGCUCGUCCCACGCACUUCUCUGCAUUGCUGGGAAUGAUACUGCUGCUGCUGCUGGUGCUGGUGGGACUGCAGGCGCCGGCGCGGGGGGGAAGGCUGGGGGAGUGGCCGGCACAGGCUCUCCUAAGUCUCCCCUGCAUGGCGGAGCGGGGGGAGGGGGGAAGGAGGAGAAGGGGCGCGGGGGCGCGGGCGGGGGGAAGAGGAGGGACGGCGGAGGGGGGGCAGGGGGGGAUGCGACAGGGGCAGGGGUGCGUGGGUCUGUCGUGAUUGUAUCAGCCGUAUCACUAUCCGUGCUACAAACGGUGGUGCAUGGAAGCUUGCCUCUGUAUAGUCCCAUUGCCGCUGUAGCUGUCUCCCUAGCCACACCCCCUCCCCGGUUUUGGAGCAGCAGCAGGGGGAGUGGCGGAGGGGGAGGUAGCGGGGGGGGCGGGCAGGGCGGGGGGGGUGGGGGAAGUGGGGGAAGUGGGGGAAGUGGGGGAAAUGGGAGAGGUGGGACUGCUGUGGUAGGUGUGUCUGGGAGUGAGUGGAUACGGGUGGUGGUAUGGGUGACUGACUCAGCUGGCGACGUCCCGCCUGGUGCCCCUCCUGGCCCCUCCCGCUCCCGUGCUUCCUCUGCUGCACCCACUGCUGCACGUGCCUCUUUCCCAGGCGCUGGAGCUGCUGCAGCUGCACAGGGAGCAGCAGCAGGGGGGGUAGGAUCGGGGGGAGCACGCACAGGGGAAGAGGGACCAGGAGCAGGGAGGGCGGGAGCAGGGGUGGCCGGCAGGGCGUCGUCUGGUUCCCAAUCCUCGCUUCCUUCUCACCCUUCCGCCUCCUCAGCCUUAUCGCCUUCCUCUAUUCAACCACCAUCGCAGCUGCGCGGGCCUUCGUCUUUCCCUGCAGCCCUCACUGCUUCGCCCUCCUCGCCCUCCUCUCCCACCGCCCGCACCUCCCACCUGCUCGUGACGCCUGUGCCUGCCACUUCCACCCUCGUUCUCGCUGCUGCUGCGCUCGUAUCCGCCUCCUCUGCAGCAGCAGCAGCAGCAGCAGGGUUGACAGGGCACACACCCUGGGGAAUCGGGGCUCCCUAUUGGCUGCACAAUCUCUCGCAGGCAGGGGUCCUGGUCCCUGGGGCAGCGUUUGCGCGCCUGCCCUCCGCGUUUGGGCGCAUAGCAGGGGCGAGAUUCGUGUCCCCCUGCGCCCACGCGCGCUGCUGGGGGGGAGGCAGCGCGGCAGGCGGGGGGGGCGGGGCGGAGAUUGUAAUCUGGGAUGAGAACGGCGGCGCUGUGUGCUGCUGCCUGCGGGAGAGAGCAGGGGAAGGGGGAAGCGGAGGAGGAGGAGGAGGAGGAGGAGGAGAUGGAGACGGAGGAGUGGGAGGAAAAGGAGGGGGGAGCAGGGGAAUGGGAGGGGCAUCAGAGGGAGGCCAUACUGCCUCCCUGCCAGGAGGAGCCUCCCAUGCUGUGGCUUGGUCUCUAGAUCUCCUCGCCUGGUUACCCCCUGCUAUGCCUCCUGCUAUCAGCUUUGGGGUGGUUGGCCGGCGCUUUGGCUUCUGCCGCUUCUCCCAGUCCUUGCUGGUUCGGACCGAGAGCGGCCCGCCGAUCCUGGAAGAGAGGCUCGGGAUGGACCCGAUGGUGCUGGUAUGGAAGAUGCGGCGUGGGGGAGGGAGACACAGCAUAGCAGGACAAGCAGCAGCAACACCAGCAGCAGCAGCAGCAGCAGCAGCAGCAGCAGCAGCAGCAGCAGCAGUGGUGAGGUUGCGCCCCUUAGCCACUCUCCGUCACCACGUGGCACCAGUAAGGCGUCUCUUACACCCUCCUCCCGGCACGCUCCCCCCCUGGCGCUACUGCUUCGCCUCCCUCUCAGACGACGGUGCGGUCGGUAUCAGCUCUCUGGAGACGCUUAGAUGCGAAAGAUUGCUGCCCGGUCACCGCCUGCCCGUGGAUAAUAUUUUGUGGGACGGGCAGCGGGGGUACCUGGUUUGUUUGAGUAAGGGGAAGAGCGGGGCGCAGAAGGGAGGAGGAGGAGGAGGAGGAGGUGGGGGGGGAGGGGGUGGUGGUGGGGGGAGUGGAGGAGGAGGAGGUGUAGGAGGAGCGGGAGGAGGUGUGCUAGCGGGAUGGGAUGGUCGUGGUGGUGGUGACUUGGGGCAGUCGGGCUUGAUUGUGUCGAAAGGGAGGAGGAAAGGGCGUGCUUCAGGACCCAACGCAUCCGUUCUGGCCGAUUUAGGGGCGGCUUUUAGUGCUGCCCAGGAACAACAGCAGCAGCAGCAGGAGCUAGGGACAGGGAAGCGGCCUGUGUUUGAAAUAGGCGGAGGGGCGAGUAGCGAUGCUCUUGAUGUGUUUGACUCGGGGGCUGUCUCGAGACGAGCGAGCCACACAGCAAGUGAAAGCAUCGGUGCUGCUGGUGGUGUUGGUGGUGGUGGUGGUGCUGGCGGUGGUGCUGACAGCAUUGCUACCAGCAUGGCUGCUGCUACUUCCCAAUUGCCAGAGACUGCUGGUGCCGCUGGUGGUGCUACUGGUGUUGCUGGUGCUGCGGCAACAGCAACCAUACCAGCUGCAGCAGGUGCACUAUCUGCUGUGCCACAGCUGGUGCCAGGCUCACCAGGGACAGCACGAGCAGGAGCGGCAGGAGCGGCGGGAAAGGGAGGAGUGGGAGGAGCAGCGGCAGGAGCAGCAACAGGAUCGGGAGCAGCAGGAGCAGCGGCAGCAGCAGCAGCAGCAGCAGCAGCAAAGGACAUGCUAUUCGUGUGGGACCUGCACUCAGGCGCGAGGGAGAGGAUACUCCGAGGCAACCCUGCCAACUCGCUCUUCUCUUUCUUUGCUGCCAAGAUCAAAGCCUCUGCUCACUCCUCCGCCGCCGCUGCUGCUGAAGCUGCUGCGCCCCCGGUUGAGAACCUUCUGCUGGAGUUUGAUGCGGUUGAUCGCGGUGCGGAGGUGCGGGGAGACGGGGUCGGGGAGGAGCAGGCGGAUCAAGGAGACCUUAGUCUCGCUCUCUCUGCUCUCCCCCUGCCGCCGCCCCCACCCAUGCCCCGCUGCCUUGGGCUUGAAAGAAGGGAUAGCAGUGGCGGUGGCAGUGGUAAUAGCUUGAACGACUUUGCUGCUGGAGCAGGGGAGCGUGCUGUUUCAGACCAGCAGCAGCAGCAGGGUGAGGGGGUGGAGGUCUCCACCGCUCCACCGCACCACGGCACCGCGUUACACCAUUCCACACCGUGGGACUCACCGGUCUGGCAGCGGCUGUGGACGGGUGAAGCCAUGGCGCUGCGCAAUGCCAUUCGGUACCUGCACCUGUGGGGGUGCGACUCCCAGUUGGACGCUGCUUUAUCUGCUGCACUAUUGGUAUCAGAGCCGGCGCAAGUGUGUGUGGGGGCCGGGCUUGCUGGGGAUAACGGGGCGCUCACGCUCUCGUUCCCGGGACAGCAGGGCCGCGCGGAGCUCUUCCGCACCUCGCCGCACUUCUCAGCACUGCGCUCACUCGCCCUGGUGGCCCUGGCGCAGCGCAUCAUGCACCUGCUGCCCCCGCACCCGCCCUCGCUCUCCCGCCGCGUCUGCUCGCUCCUCGCCGCCUUCUACUCACGGGAACUUGCUGAAAAGCUUCCAGGCUCUGUCGCUCCUGCCCUUGAGGUUCGUGUGUAUGUCGUUUCGGUCGUGGGGGGCACUCCCGCAGACGCCAAAGCAGCGCGCACCAACGUUGCUGCUGCUCUAGCUGUCUGGUACCUUCCCCUCGGUCGAUCCGACCUAGCUGCUGCUGUCGCCCCGUCGUUGCUCCGGCUCGUGCGAUUGGCUAAUAGCCGCCACGCGGCUACUGCUGCGGAGAUUCUUGCUGAGGGGAUGGCGGACACGUGGCAGGCCCUGAUUGGCCCGCAGAUCCACCGGCUGAUUGCGGACGUUUUUGUCCUUUGUGAGGAUCUGAGGGGAGCCUGGGCGGCAGGAGGGCAAGGAAUGAAUGGGGUUGGAGGGGUGGGAGGAGGCGGAGGGGGAGGAGGCGGAGGAGGGGGGGGAGGCGGAGGGGUAGGAGGAGGAGGAGGAGAAGGGAGAGGAGAGAGAAUCAUGUCUCUCUCUCAUCCCAACCUAGCAUCACUUGGUGGUGGUGGUGCAUCAGGCAACAACCCCCCUGCCGUCGGUGCCGGUUCCUCUUCUUCUUCUGCUCGCAACAGCUUCUCCUCCACAAGUCACACAGGCACCAGUAGCAACCAGAUGGGCAUGGGCAUGGGUAUGGGUAUGGGAGGGGGGUCUAUAACAGCAGCAGGGAUUGUCACCCCUCCCACGUCCGCUGCCCCCUCGCCCUCUGUUGCCGGCCCGCCAUCCCCGUCGCCGCACAGCACUGUGAGGAGACUCGACCUGGGACCAGGUUCAAUGGGCAGCCCAGGGGGAGGGGGAGCGGGAGGAGGAGGGGGCAGGAUGGGGGGGUAUGGGUCUGCUUCGGGAGGAGGAGGAGGAGCGGGGCUGACUCGUGGUGUGAGCGGUAGUGGGAGCAUGAACGAUAUUCUCACGCCAACGUCGCUGGCCUCGCCAGCAGUCACGCCGUCAGGCUUCCGCAGCAGCACAGGGGACGUGCACGCACACAUGCAUGCGAACAUGCACCCAAACAUGCACGCUGCUGACGUGCAUUCGGACAUGCAUGGUGACAUGCAUGGCGGCAUGCAUGCGGACAUGCACUUGGACAUGCAUCAUCAUCACCAUGGUAUUCAUUCCGUCCCUGUCUCAGCAUCCAUGCUCUCUGACGCACACUCUUUGGAUUCAGGCACCAUUCUCACCCCUGGGGCUGUCCCUGCUUCUUCUGCCACUGCCUCUGCCGCUGCUGCGGCUGCGGCUGGUGCAAGCAAUGCUAGCAGCAGAGGCAGCCAUAGAAACAGCACCGCCAUGGCGGACCCAGCAGCGUUCCUGACGGUGGUGCAGGGGCAGAUGGCAGGGGGGGCGCCCCCGGACUCGUCGGUGCAUGUGACUGCGCUCAUGGCGAUUAUCAGGGCCGUGCGCUCGUACCCCCGCUCGCUGCUCUGCCACCUCACGCAGAUAGUGGAGUGUGCCCUCAAGUGCACGGACCAGUCCAACGCCCCCCUCCGCAAGAACUGUCUGCACACCGCCAUGGCGCUGCUCAUGGAGCUGCCGCGCAACUUCCCCAUGGCCGCCGUCUUCCAGAGCCCGCCCGCCUCGCCCAACUCCUACCUGCGCCUCGCUGUGGGGGACGCCGUGGGGGACGUGGGACGCAUCGCCAUUCACGUCUACGACUUGCGCUCGGGCACCAAGUUCCGCACGCUAGAUGCUAGCAGCGCUCCAGGCCACCCCACCUUCCUCCGCUCCCUCUCCCGCCGCUCCUCCUCAUCUGCUGCUGCUGCUACUACUGCCAAUGAUUCCGCAGCACCAUCACCAACCACCCUGCUUUCUCCGUCCUCCUCCCAUUCCUCGCUCCCAGCCAUCUCCCCCUCCUCCUCCCCCUCCUCCUCCUCCUCUUCCACUACCGCUGCCUCUCUCCCCCACCAGCCCACCCCCCCGCACCCGCUCGCGCACAUCGGGAGCAUCUCAGCCGUCGCUUUCGCGCCAGAUGGCGAGGCCGUAGUGGCCUUCUCUCAGAUCGGACUAGUGCUGCGGUGGUGGUCCAUAGGCAUGGCGUGGUGGGAGAAAUUAACUCGAGCGCCCACGGCACCAGUGCACUGCAGCAAGCUGGUUAUGGUGCCACACCUGCCGGAGCUCCCUCCUGAUCUGCUCGUGCUGACUGGAGGUGGCUCGGUGGGGCGAGCAGAGGAGGAAGAGCAGCAGCAGCAGCAGCAGCAGCAGCAGCAGCAGCAGCGGCGGCGGCGGCGGUCGAGUGGGGAUGCGCUGCCGACGAUGGCCUUUGGCUCUUUCCUUUUCACGGCAGCAGGCGGGUCAGCAGCAGCAGGGGCCACGAGAGCACCGGGCGGCACAACCACAGAUACAGCCACCGCAGGCCGCCCGCUUCCCUCCGCAUCCUCCACUCUUCCUCCCCUUGCUGCUUCCCUGGGAGGGGCAUUCGGAGGAGGGGGAGGGGGAGCAGCAGGGAGAGGAGGCGGGGUGGUUGUGGGGGGAAGCACGAGGGGGGGCAUGCAGGCAGCUAUGGCACUGGCAGCUCAGCUGUUGGAUCUACAUGUGGCGUUGGAAUGGAGGCCUGAUCGGACAGUGGUGCUGCUGUACAACGGGGCUGUGGUGGCUACUUUCUAA